AUAUAUUAUAAAUUUGUAUAUUAUAUAGGCUUGACUGCUGUUUAAAUAAAAUAAUACCAGCCAUGGAAUAUGAAAUGAAUUUUAAAAUUUAUACGCCAGUAUUAUAAUUUUUCCUAAAGUGAGAGGACAUUUAAGAGGACAAUGCAACUAGAAAUGAAUCCUAAAUUAUUUGUAAGCUUAUUAAUUUUGGACCUUGUAUUAGGAACCCCAGAUGAAAUGUUUCAUCACGAUUAUCAAGAGCACUAUCCAGAUCAUAUACCGCGUAUUAAUAAGGAAUAUGGAGAUCAUUAUGAUGAUUUUGGCUUUCCCAAUGGAAACCAUCAGGAAAACCAUGAUCAGUUUGAUUAUAAUAUUCAUCCUUAUGUUUUUACAACUGAAAGAGAAGAAUAUCAUCAGGAUAUAAAUAACGAUAGCGAUAUAGAUGAAAGAAAAAUUUCAAGAAUGCUGAUUGUUUUAGGGCAUGGAAUACUGACUACAGAAAAGGAUGUUCCGGUUCAGGAUCACCACUACCCCGAUUAUGAUCAUCAUAAUCACCAUAAGGAUCCUGAUGCGGAUUAUGAAAUUGCAGAUCGCAUUGUGCGUUAUGCCAUGAAUAAAUAUCAUGAAGAGAUUUGAGUUAAUUCGUAAAUCAAUUAAAUAAAAUAUCUAAUAUUUCAAUGCUCUCUUUGGAUUUUUAUUAAUCAAUUAUCGCAAUAUUUAAUAUUUG